GUUUCAGCAACGGACCCAGACUGCGGUAUCAACUCGAUGGUCAAUUACACCCUGGGCGAGGGCUCCUCAAAAACGAAUCAGUUCGAAGUGAAGUCCAUGACCGGAGAGAUAUGCAUCUCGAAACCCCUGGAUUACGAAAUGCGGAGCACUUACGAAUUUCCUGUCAUCGCCACCGACAGAGGUGGCCUGAGCACGACGGCGGUGGUGAAAAUCCAGCUGACGGACAUCAACGACAACGCGCCGAUCUUCCACCCGCGCGACUACAACGUCUCGAUCCGCGAGAACGCGCUGCUGUCGCCGUCGGGGGCGGCCAUCGCGGUGGUGGUGGCGACGGACAAGGACUCCGGCCCGGCCGGGAACAUCAGCUACCGGAUCGUGGCCGGGAACGAGGGCGGCCUCUUCCGCAUCGACGCCGCCUCCGGGGAGAUCUACCUCACGGCCCCGGCCCCCCACGGCACCCUCCACCGGCUCAACAUCUCCGCCACCGACGGGGGCGGCCUCGGCUCCGCCGAGAACGCCCGGGUCUUCGUCAACGUCCUCGGCUCCCACCAGGUCCUCCCCAUCUUCGAGCGCUCCCGCUACAACUUCAACGUCGCCGAAGACGCCCCCAGGAGCACCAUCGUCGGAGUCGUCAAGGCCACCACCUCGGAUGCUGCCGGCUCUUACAGUUCCAUGCACUACACCAUCUACUCGGGUGACCCGGACGGAUACUUCUCCAUCGAACCCAAUUCGGGCGCCAUCCGUACCGCUGCUUUCCUGGACCAUGAAGUCAGAGCCUCCGUCCUUCUCAACGUCCAAGCUGUUAGCGGAUCGCCCCCUGCAUUUGCGCACACUCAGGUGAACAUCGUGAUCGAGGACAAGAACGACAACACGCCGGAGUUCGACUCGGCGACGGUGCGGAUCUCGGUGCCGGAGAACGUGGGCGUGGGCUCGCCGCUGUACGCGGCGCACGCCAAGGACAAGGACUCGGGCAGCAACGGCCUGGUCCGCUACCGGCUUCUGUCGUCGGCGUCGGUGGACUCGCGGCUCUUCGCCAUCGACCCGACGACCGGGCACGUCACCCUCACCCGCGCCCUCGACUACGAGACCGCCCAGCGGCACACGCUCCUCAUCUCGGCCACGGACGCCGGCGACCCACCCCUCUCGGCCAACCUCACCGUCCUCCUCGAGGUCCAGGACGUCAACGACAACCCGCCCGUCUUCGAGAGGUCCGAGUACUCCGUCACGGUUCCCGAGUCUGCCGAACCCGAGUCACAGGUGGUGCAGGUGACGGCCGUGGACCUGGACACGGGCAACAACGCCCGGCUCACCUAUAAAUUGGUCAGGAGCGGCAGUGGUGACGACGAAGCCAGGACGGCCCAGGAGAUUUUUGGCGUCCAUGCCAACACCGGCUGGGUCUACCUCAAGAAACACCUCGACCGGGAAACAAGAGACAGGUACUUGCUGAAGGUAACGGCGACGGACAAUGGGACCCCGGCCUCAACGGCGGUGGCGAACAUGGUGGUGAGCGUCUCGGACACGAACGACAACGACCCGGUGUUCACCAAGGACGAGUACAAGUUCUCGAUCGAGGAGAACCGGGAUCGCGGAGCCCUCGUCGGCUCCGUCAAGGCCACCGACAGGGACCUCGACAACAACGCCGCCAUCCGCUACUCGCUCAUCCCCAGCAACUCCAGCUUCCUCAUCCACCCCUUCACAGGUGAAAUAUCGAGCCGAGACCCUCUGGACCGGGAGACGAAGUCGCUGCACGAGCUGGUGGUGGAGGCGCGGGACCAAGGGAGUCCCCCGCGGUCGGCCCGCGUCGCCGUCCAGAUCACGGUGACCGACGUCAACGACAACGCCCCCGACCUGGUCGACCCGCAGGAGGACGUCAUCAGCGUCCGCGAAGAGCAGCCGCCCGGCACCGAGGUCGUCAAGAUCAGGGCCGUCGACAGGGACGACGGCAACAACGCCACCAUCUCCUACGCCAUCCUCAAAAAUCGUGACUCUGAUGGUUUUAAUGUCUUCACAAUCGAUAGCCUUUCUGGAGUAGUACGUACUAAAACCGUUUUAGAUCAUGAAGAAAAAACCGUUUAUCGCCUGGCAGUUUCUGCAUCUGACAAUGGAACUCCUCCAAAACAAACGGUCAGACUACUUCGUGUGGAGGUUCUUGAUUUAGCCGAUAACCGACCAACCUUCACAAGCUCCAGUUUAUCUUUCAAGGUGCGAGAAGAUGCUCCGAUAGGUUUCAUUGUCGGCAACAUCGUAACUUCUGACACCUCAGGUCGCGCUGGAGGAGGACAUGUAAUGUAUACUCUCAGUUCGCUUUCUCCCUCAAACUCAGAAGAUAUUUUUGACAUGGAUCGGAGCUCUGGAUCACUGGUUGUAUCACGUCAAUUGGACCGUGAGAUUCACUCAGAAUAUCGGUUAGAAGUCCGAGCCCUGGACACAAGCACCAGCACAAAUCCUCAAAGCAGUGCUGUUACGGUGAGAGUAGAAAUUACUGAUGUAAAUGACAAUGCUCCUCACUGGGAUACAAACCCCAUUUCAAUUUCAAUCCCAGAAGAUGCACCUGUCGGUUUUGCUGUUUGGAACUUCACAGCAAGGGAUAGAGAUUUUGGAUCCAACAGCGACCUCCGUUAUGGAUUGGUUCAUCAAUAUCCGGAAACUGAGAGCAAGUUCUCUGUUGAUCCUCUCACUGGCACUUUGACAUUAAUCUCGUCAGUGGAUCAUGAAACUGUUUCUUCCUAUAUUUUGAUCGUGAAAGCUACAGAUCAAGCUUUGAAUAUGUCUGAGAGGUUGACAACAACGUUGACUGCAAAAAUCAUGAUCAAAGACACUAAUGACAAUGCACCUGUUUUCGUGUCACCCGUAUCGAAAACCGUCUAUGCUUCGGAUUUGGCUGAACCGAAGACCAUCAUCUUGAAAGCCAUCGCUGUGGAUAAAGAUUCUGAUAACAAUGGCCGUGUGUCUUACUCAAUUACUGGUGGCAAUGAUGAUGAAAUGUUUAUCAUUGACCGUGACACAGGUGUUGUCAGUUUGAGGAGGUCUUUCGAAAGCAACCGAAAGUCAGGAGGACGUUUCACGAUCAAUAUUACAGCCAGUGAUCAUGGGUCUCCUCACAAGCGCCACACCUCCAUCUCAGUGAAUAUCCUUUUGAAGCCUGUAUCUGAAGCUCCUCCGAAAUUUGUGUUGCCAACCUACCAAGCCAGUAUUCCAGAAGACAUGCCGACUGGACACACUGUGGUGAAAGUGGUUGCAAGAUAUUCAGCUCUCGGAGGAAAUGGCUCUGGAAACUUGACUUACGCAAUCCCACGGGGUGUAGCUGACGACAGAUUCUCAGUUGAUCCAGUCCAUGGAAAUGUCAUUUUACAAAACAGUCUCGAUCGAGAACUGAAGGACCAAUACGUUAUUCCUGUCUACGUAACAGACUCCUCCUCUCUCCAAUUUGACGUUGCCAGCAUCACAGUGAACGUUAUCGAUGUGAACGAUCAUGUUCCAUUUUUCAAGCCGGGUUCAUGCUACCCAUUGAGCCUGCCUGAGAAUAGUGACCUCUCUGUGAUACACACUGUUGUAGCAUAUGACUUGGACGCUGGGUCAAACGGUGACAUCACAUACAGUAUUUCUGGAGGUAAUAUCGGAAAUAAAUUCAACAUUGAUCCACACAGUGGAGAGCUAACCGCACGACCACUGGAUAGAGAAACAGUCGCCAAAUACAAUCUCAUUAUCACAGCUCAAGAUAAAGGAGCAACAUCUCUUCAUGGUUAUUGUAACAUCACUGUCUACGUCGAGGAUCAAAAUGACAAUGACCCAAAUUUUGUGCAGAAAUCUUACAAAGCGAGCAUUUCUGAAAAUACUCCGAUCGGUACAACUGUCCUUACAGUGAAAGCGUUGGACGCAGACAUUGGCUUGAAUUCCAAGUUAAUCUACUCUCUCACGAAUGAAAGUCACUGGUUGUUCAAGAUUGACAAUAAAACAGGAGCUAUCACAACCACCGGGCUCUUUGAUCGUGAGAAACAGAGUGUUCAUAGUUUCCAAGUGGUCGCUACAGACAGUGGACGUUACGAUGUGCGCUUAAGCAAGGUUCCAGUUACAAUCAUGAUCGAAGAUGUGAACGAUAACAGGCCAAAAUUUUCCCGCUAUCCCUUUUUUGUGGACAUACCUGCCUACACCCAACCAGGGCAUGAUUUCUUCAAAGUUACUGCAGAGGACAAAGAUGAAGGAACAAACGCAGAGAUUGUUUAUCGGUUCUCCAGUGAAUCAUCAAGCAACAAGUUCCAUAUCAACCCCAACACGGGCUCUAUCUCUGCCAUGUCUAGUCUUUCGAUCGAUGUGGGAAAACUGUAUCAUCUGGAGGUCAUAGCGACAGACAAAGGAAAUCCUCCGUUGAGUACCUCAGGCUUGGUUGAAAUCAGGAUUGGAGAAACACCAGAGGGCAUGCCAUCAAUCAGGUUCCAAAACACCUCUUAUCUUGCUCAUCUUCCAGAAAACUCUCCUGCUGGGAAGCAAGUCUGCCAGGUUUCAGCGUUCAGGAGCGACAGCAGACGGCAAAGAAUAGUUUAUAGUAUUGGCAAUGGCGAUGAAAACAGUAUUUUUGAUAUCGACUCCAACACCGGGCUCAUCAGGAUCAGCAACCCUGAUAUGUUGGAUUAUGAGCUAGAAUCCGAGUUACACUUGGUCAUCAUUGCCCAGGCAGACAAUAAUGGAGUUCCUCUUUACGGGUAUACGGAACUCACCAUCUUUGUUCUCGACCAAAACGACAAUGUUCCACGAUUCACUCAGGAUAACUACAUGGCCACUGUUUGGGAAGGCAACAACAAGGGCACUUUUGUCAUUCAGGUUUCUGCAACGGACAUGGAUGCUGGCAGCAAUUCUCGUUUGACCUACCACAUUGUUGAUGGAAAUCACGAUAAUGCCUUUGUCAUCGAGCCCUCAUUGUCAGGCAUGGUCAAGACCAAUAUUGUGCUUGACAGGGAGAUCCGUGAUUUUUACAGGCUUACAAUCAUUGCAACCGACGAAGGAAUGCCGCAGUUGACAGGCACAGCAACGAUUCAAAUCAGCAUUGUUGAUGCCAAUGAUAAUUUGCCCACAUUCCCACCUCACAGUGUGAUCACUGUCAGAGAAGGAAUGGAGGUUGGCAGUGUUCUUACUGCUGUCACUGCAAAUGAUGUUGACACAAAUCCAUCACUCACCUAUGCAUUCACCGAAGAUACCGACCCAGAGGCUGCCUCAAUAUUCAGCAUUGACCGUUUCAGUGGCAGGGUUGCCCUUAGCAAAAGCCUAGACUUCGAAACUCAGAGAGAAUAUCGUUUGGGAAUCAAGGCCUCCGACACGGCUCACUUAGCGCAAACGGUGCUCACCAUUCAUGUCAGCGAUGACAAUGACCAUGCUCCCAAGUUUUUGCAACCAUUCUACCAGGCCACUUUGUCAGAGGGCACUCCAUAUGGAACUAUUGCCACCGUUUUUGCCACUGAUGAAGAUUCCGGUCAAAAUGCCAUCAUCCGAUAUAGUUUUGUCAAUCCAACAGUCGGAUUUUACAUUGACGAUAGUACAGGAUCCAUCUCUGCCAACCGUAGUCUUGUCAGCGCCAGUCACAUGCAAGCGGGUGUGGUUGAUCUGAUAGUGUCAGCUACAGAUGGAGGUAAUCCAGCCAGGUCGAACACUGUUCCCGUCAGAAUCUACAUUGCAAGCAGUAGUCAUGGGUCUGCAUCUAAAUUCAUACAGGACGAAUUUAGGGUUUCAAUUCGUGAAAAGUCAUCUAGAGGCACAACAAUUUUGAAAAUGAUACCUGGAGGUGUUGUUGAUGAGUUUGCUCAGUUUAAUAUCAUUUCAGGAAAUGAUGAUAAUGUCUUCCAAAUUUUAAGCCCCACUGGAGAGUUGGUUUUGGUGAAGGAUGUUGACCGUGAAGUGCGAGAUAUCUAUUCUCUACAAGUGACAUCUCAGCGCAAUUCAUCAUCUGCUCUUGUUCACAUAAGUAUCGAAGAUUCAAACGAUAAUGCUCCACAGUUUCUCAGCCUUCCUCCUAGUGUUACAGUGAGUGAGGGAGCACCAAUAGGACAUUCCAUCAUCCAAAUAUCUGCAACAGACGCAGAUCUCCCACCCAAUUCGGACAUUCGCUUUGAUAUCACCUCUGGCAAUGAUCAGGAUUUGUUCAGUUUAGAUCCAAAUACAGGUAUUCUGACGGUGAAAAACUACCUCGACUAUGAUGGUGGUAUUUCAGAGCAUAAUUUGGUCAUCAGAGCAUCUGAUAGUGCAAAACCUCCAAAUGACAUUUUCCUAUCAACGAUUACAUCACUGAAAAUUCUCCUUGAGGAUGAAAACGAUAACUCACCUAAGUUCCCUGUCACUGAAUACUUGGAAUUUGUUGGAGAAAAUGAGCCAAUUGGUUCUGCUGUGUUUAUGGCUCGUGCAACAGAUGCGGAUAGAGGAAUUUAUGGUAAACUAAAUUACUCUAUCCUCACUGCAGCAGCUUCAGGAUUUGCCGACUAUGAUGAUUCCUGGAAGUUAUUCAAAGUUGACUCAAUGACAGGCUUGGUUACAACGAACUUUGUAUUUGAUUAUGAGACUCGUAGUCGUUAUGCAUUCACGUUGCACUGUAGUGAUUCUGGUGGCCGUGCCACUAAAGUACGAAUUCGGGUCGAAAUCGAAAGCAGAGAUGAGUUCCAUCCACAAUUCACGGAGCGCACCUUCAAGUUUGUUCUUACCGGUUUCUAUCUACCUGUUGGAUAUAUAAUCGGUCAUGUCACAGCCACCGAUAGGGACAAGGGACCAGAUGGAAGAGUCGUGUAUCAGCUAACAACGCAACACUCUUAUUUCAAAAUUAAUCGUACAACUGGCGCAAUGAUGAUAAAGAAGAAACUAGACUCAGGCCUGGAAAUCAGUCAAGAUAUUAGUUUAGUCGUUACAGCCAGCUCUGGGAGACAGGGAUCUUUGACGAACACUAGCAUUGUUGAAAUUAGUUUUGAUCCUACUGCAAGUCACGGUACUAACUUGGCCAGUAGCUCAAACAGCAAUACAGUCUCAGUUUCAUCCAGUAGUGUUGCAGACUGGGCCAUGGGCCUACUUAUCGCAUUGAUACUAUUGAUCUUAGCCUUCGGUGCUUUAUUCCUGUUUCUACACGUGCGUAAUCGUCGGCACAAGAAGAUUAACAAGCCAGGUUUGAACAGUGGACAAAGCACGGAUAAUUUUGUAGAUGCCAGUAGUUUUGACACGAUUCCAAUUCGCAAUAGUGGGGUUGCAGGACCUGCCAGCCAAUUUGGACCCCCGAAAUACGAUGAUAUCCCAACAUAUCGGAAUAAUAAUAGCAGUUCAAAUUCGGGAGCAGCAACAACUUCUGAGCUCUCAGGCUCGGAACAGUCAGGGUCGAGUGGCAGAGGCUCUGCUGAAGAUGGUGAAGAUGUUGAGGAUGAAGAAAUCCGAAUGAUCAAUGAAGGUCAUCGACCUUUGAAGGAAGAGGAUGCAAUAUCCCAAGUGUCAGUACAAAACACGCAAGAGUAUCUGGCUAGACUGGGAAUUGUUGAACAUAGAUCUGCUACAGGGAGUGGGACUGGGCGGCACACGUAUGCUGAGCCUGACCUCUCAACAUUACUGUAUCCAAAGUUGGGCAGUGAUAGAGGAAGCACGACUGAUGAGGUAGAUCGGAGUAGCGCCUCAAACGGAAGUCGGGGGGCCAACGUCUUAUUCUCAGAAGUGCCAUCAGGCAAUCAGCCAUCAAUGACUGGUUCUCUGAGCAGUAUAGUUCAUAGUGAGGAAGAGUUAACCGGUAGUUAUAAUUGGGAUUACCUCCUAGACUGGGGUCCGCAGUAUCAGCCUUUAGCUCACGUCUUCUCCGAAAUAGCACGGUUAAAAGACGAUACUGCUUCAAUCAAAAGUGGUGCUAGUGGGACAUCAAGUGGGAAGAAAAGUUGUCCACCUAUCAAAACACUACCUCCUCCUCUCUUGACAAAUGUAGCUCCUAGGUCAAUAGCAGCUCCAAUUCUUUCAAGUCGGACACCACACUUGUUCCCCCAAAUACCUCGGUCGCCAAUUAGUCACGACCCUGCCAAUUUUUCAUCAGCGGCCAUGUCGCCCUCAUUUUCACCCUCUUUAUCUCCGUUAGCCACAAGGUCACCAUCAAUAUCGCCUCUUCACCCUCCAUCGCAUCAUAGGCAAACCACUGAGACGGAACUAAGGAUUUAGUAGUAGCUAGUGCAAUUCUAAUUUAUUCUAGUUUAUUCAACAAAUUGUCAAUACAAACCUUUUUCAACGUUUUGUCUGGGUCCUUGCUCUCCCCAUCUUCAUUGUGAUAUAGUUAUGGAAUCAAAUUUUUAAUUUUCAAAAUGUGUUUAAUGUUAACCUAGUGAUAAUUAGGGUGUACAGUUAAUUCUAUUCUUUUUUCAAUUACCAAAAAUGAGAUUUAGUUAGGCGUGUACCUAAGUGUAAUUACUUCUGUAUAGAAUUUAUGUCAUCUGAUUUUUUAUCGUUUUCCAAUAAGUCUUGCCCUCAAUUGUGCCAAUGAAAUUAAUCAUCAUUAAUGGCAACAAUGUGCUGAAGAUGGACAUUCAGACAUAAUCUCUAAUUCUAGAUAUCUCACCCUGCCAAAGUAGUUAAACCCAAGUAGGAUUGAUUUAUGUUGUAACUGCCAUAAAUUAUUUUCCUCAUUUGUGAUCUGCAAUUUAUGUAUCAUUGAAAAUUUAUCCUCUGUAGUGCUCAAUGAGACUCCAGCAGAUUCUUGUGGGAGACAACAAAUUAAGGAUUCUUCUUGAAAAAAUGUCCUCCUAAUCGAUUUUAUCCAUUGACUGAGAAAAUAAUUCCUAAGGAAAAUCAAUGUCUGAAGAGACAAACAAAAAAUGUGCCAAAAUAUACAUAUUACAUUUAACCUAUAAAAUGACAUUUUUAAUAUGAGACUAUAAAUAUCAUCGUUGUAUCUUUAGCCUUGUUUUUUUAUGAAUGUUAAGUAUGAGUAUAGUCCAUAUAUGCGCCAAAUUUUUUCUCAUUUAUGAGGUAUGCUUGAUUUUUGUGAAAUAUUUGGAGCCCCGUCUUGAACAUCUGCUUCAGCUUUGAUUAGAAAAUUUCUUACAUUGGUUGAGGGCUGAAACUCUGUUGAUGUAUGAUUGUACUUUGCUUGUAAAUGAACAAAUUACAAACCUGUAAGUGUACAAAUUGUAAUUUAUCCUUGUUAUGUGUGCUCUAAAACGGAGACUGAUGAAAAAUAUAGGUGUGUAAAGAGCCUGUGGCUCUGAGAUAGGCCAUUUUAAAAUGCAAAUAUGAUCAAAAAGUUGAUCGCUAAUUUCAAUUUGAAAGGAGAAGUAUCUUAAAAGGAUUGCACUUUUGCUCAAUUUUUUAAAUAAUGCAAUCUGUUAGUCAGUAAAUUAAGUUUGCUCUUUACGUAUGUAUUCACUUUACCAAAAAACUGAAUUUCAAGAAGUGAAACAUUUCUGAUGUUUAAAAAUAGUGACACAUUGAUUGAACAAUGCUGAUUUUAUGUAUCAGAGACAUAGGUAACCUUAGAAUUUACAUUCUCUCGGAUAAUUAUGUUGGUAAAGCUAUUUUUGUAUUUACUAGAAAUUUUUUAAAAAAUUAACAAUUUUUUUUCUUUGAUUUGCAAUGCAAAUGAAAGGUGUUUAAUGUUACUUAUUUUCUUUAAUAUUUCUCUAAGGAAAUACUCAAUCUGAAAAAAAUGUUCUCUUUACUUUCUCCUUUUUUAAAAGAUAAAAUCAUACAUCAUAAAAUUUUCUAUCGGCCUAUCCCUAUUCUCAUACAUAAUGAUGACAGUAGGAGAGUUACUUAUAAUUUUUAUCUCCGUCACUCAGUAUUAUGCUUUUUGUUCUCUGAUUACUUAAUAAUUUAUUAAUUCUGAUUGUAUGUAAUUCUAUAUAUUGUACAAAUAAGACAAAUCAUGUUUGUGAAUUUGCUGUAAAUGUGUAUGUAAAUUUUGUAUAAUGUACAAACAUGUAUCAUUGUAAUUAUAUCACUAGGAUUACAAGUUCAGAACAAUAUAAAAUCAAAACCAGUCCUCUCAAACAGUUAUAUUCAUACUGUUUUUGAUAUAUAAAGAAAAUA